GUGUGGGUGAGAGUGUGUGAGUGAGUGUGGGUGAGUGUUUGGGUAAGGGAGUAUGUUGGUGUGUGUGGGUGAGUGUGUAUGUGGGGGAGUGUGGGUGUGUGAGACUUUACAAUUGCUGUCUACAGUCAUCCGGGGCGGUUGGCCCGACAACCAGUGCAACACCUCGCUCGAAAUAAGCCCCUACUUCCUGGUUCGUGACGAACUGGUGUUACAGGACGGAAUCAUAGUCAAGGGCCAUAAGGCAGUGGUCCCAGCCGCCCUCCGGAACGAAUACUAUAACGACAUCCACAGAGGCCACCCUGGCGUGGAGGUAACCCUCCAAAGGGCGCAAAGCAUGUUUUACUGGCCCAGGAUGACCAAAUACAUACGCAAAAUAACCGAAACGUGCGCUGUCUGCAAAAGCCUGACGCCAUAUUAGCAGAAGCAGCCCCUACUGCCACAACCAGCCCCAUCUCUCCCGUGGUCCUCGUUAGUCACCAACAUCUUCGAGUGGCAUGGGAAACACUAUCUGGUUCUCUGCUGACUCUUACUCGGCCUGGUUCGAGAUAGACCUACUGCCAACCAUUUCCUCGGAGGCAGUGAUUGAGAAGCUGCAACGGCACUUCUCCGUGCACGGCUUCCCUGCACGUAUUCAGUCUGACAACGGCAGACAGUUCACCAGCCAAGCUUUUAAAAACUUUGCUGAACGAUGGUAUUUCCAACACCUUACCAGCAGACCCGAGUUCCUGUUCGGAGUGCGAAACAACUCAUGGAACGAUCAUAUCUUGCCAAAUCAGACGUAUACCUAGACCUACUCAAUCUACAGAACAUUGCACGGGAUCCCAUACUAGGUUCUCCAGCCCAACGACUGAUGUCUCGCCAAACCCGUGCUCCCUUGCCUGUCUCCCAGCAGCUGUUGCAGCCACAAGUUCGUUCCCUGCCUGCGGUUCAGAAGCAACUACAACUUAAAUGGGACACGCAGAAGCGGUUCUUCGACAAGUCCAGCAAGCCACUUAAAUCUCUUGCUUGUGGACAAGUGGUUCGUCUGCAAACCGACAAAGGCCAUGCACGACUGGGACACAUUCACGGCCCUGCCAAGGAGCCACGUUUGUACCUGGUCGAAGUGGACGGAGUCAUCUACAGACGCAACCAUCAACACAUCCUGCCGGUGAAGGAACCGCGUCCUGCGACUCCAUGUCCUGAUGCCCCGCGUCUUGUGUUAACUCCCACAGUCGGUCCAGCACCCCCACCACCAACUGUCAUUCCUACCGCGGUCUUCCCGCGCCAGUUGCCGCCUGGCUUGCCUAUGUCGUCUCCCACCAGGCCUGUCGGGUCACCGGUUGUGUUACCACUCCCCUCCCUGGUCUUUACUCCCGCGAAAGGAGGUGAGGCUGUCUCCUACCGCACAAGGGCUGGACGGGUUUGUAGGCCACCCAUUAGAUAUGGUGAUUUUGUGUAACUUUGCUAGUAUAUUCUUAACAUUCCAUUUAUAUGUGUUUAGCCACCAAUGUUUCUUUAUUUCUACAAAAAGAGAUGUAGAUUUGCUAUUGCAUGCUAGCCAAUCAUAGUGCUUGUUAAUAGUAGCUCUGCCUAGUACGUGCUUUAUAAUAUCAAGAGCUCGCCUACACCAGGCAGUAGAUGUAGCAGCUCAGAGCUGUAACGUACUGCAGGUCCUAUGCUGUAAGUGAUUUAAUAAACAUAUGUUGUAUCUUAA